AUGGGUGUAGCUCUGCAGAUGUUCGCUAUGGCGAACGCUGCGUCGCUUCUCCUCCAAUGGUACGCGCCACAGUACUCAUUUGGCACCAUCAAGACAGCUCUGCUACUGUUCCUUGCCCAGUUCUUCGGUUAUCAGCUUUAUAACAUAUUGCUCUAUCCACGCUUCGUAAGCCCGCUGCGACACCUACCACAAGCUCCAAAUCCACAUUGGCUAUGGGGCCAAACAGGACGCAUCAUGAAAGAGCCCUCGGGUGUGCCGAUGCGUACCUGGACCGAAAAUGUGACCAACAACGGCCUGAUUAGCUAUUCAGUCUGGUUCCGGGAGAGAGUUCUCGUUACUACGCCAGCUGCCUUGGGAGAGGUUCUAGUCACGAAGAACUACGAUUUUGUCAAGCCGCCGCAGUUUCGUAACGGGCUGGGAAAGAUUUUGGGCAUCGGUAUUUUGCUUGCUGAGGGCGAUGAGCACAAGCUACAGCGGAAGAACCUUAUGCCAGCAUUUGCCUUCAGGCACGUAAAGGACAUUUAUCCCGUGUUCUGGAACAAGUCCAGGGAGCUCGUCAGGUGUCUGGCCGCGGCAUCGAAGUCUGGCGAAUCGGUCUCAGAGAAGCAUGUGUCGGACAAAGACGCGGAAGACGCGAGCCCGCAGCAGCACGAGGCUGGUGCUGUUGAUGUAGGCAGCUGGUCGAGCCGUGCUACUCUUGACAUUAUCGGGCUCAGUGGCAUGGGGCAGGAUUUCAAUUCGCUCCAGGACCCCGACAAUAAGUUGAACCGAACGUAUCGCGAUAUCUUCAACCCUGGCAGGACUGGACGCAUUCUGCAACUACUGGGCAUCUUUUUGCCGUUCUGGCUCGUGAGCAGGCUCCCGAUCAAGCGAAACCACGAGCUCAACGAGGCUAAUGCCUACAUCAAACAAGUUUGCCGUGAUCUGAUAUCGAAGAAGCACCAAGCUCUAGAUUCAGAGAAGGGCAGAGCAGAAGUCGACAUUCUUUCUGUAGCACUCGAGUCAGGCGGUUUCAAAGAUGAAGAGCUCGUGAACCAAAUGAUGACGUUUCUGGUCGCCGGACACGAAACCACCGCUACAGCUAUGAUCUGGGCAAUGCUCAUGCUGUGCAAACAUCCCGACGUUCAACAAAAGCUUCGUGACAAGAUACGAACCAGUAUUCCGACACUAAACGACGAAAUCACAGCCAGUCAGAUCGACGAUUGUCACUACUUGCAAGCAGUGUGCUCAGAAGUCCUGCGGCUAUGGGCGCCAGUAUCGAUGACAAUGCGAGUUGCCGACCGCGACACAGUUAUUGCUGGCGAGGCAAUUCCCAGAGGCAUGACUGUCAUCCUGUGUCCGUGGGCCAUCAACACCUCAAAGCAUCUUUGGGGUGAAGAUGCCAUGGAGUUCAAGCCAGAGCGUUGGCUGAAUGCUGAUGGCAAAGCCAAUGCUAAAGGAAGUGCCGAGUCAAACUACGCGUUCUUGACUUUCCUACACGGUCCUCGCAGCUGCAUCGGGCAGAAAUUUGCACAAGCUGAGUUUGCGUGCAUUCUGGCUGCUUGGAUCGGGAGGUAUGAGACCACCUUUGAGGUAGGUAGCCCUCUUGCAACGGGUGAGCCUGAAAUCAAGGGCGGUGUGACGAGCAAGCCUAAGGGCGGCCUGUGGUGUAAGCUGAAGGAGGUACCAGGCUGGUAA